AUGAUUACAGUCGAUCAGAGGAGAUCGCGUGAUCAAAGGCCGGCUGCCUUUUCAUUACCGCCGCCUUGUAGUUACGUGAGGUACAGCAGCCUGGAGGAUGUGAGGCCGAAGGAGUUGGGCUUCCCUCAAUUAGAAUUCACGCCCACGGUCGUCUCAAAAAUACGGAUCUCCGCGCCCUUCCAGGUGGUCGCCGCGAUCUUGAUCUUCGCCGCGACGGUGUCGGCUCUGAUCGGCCAUUGCUAUUCCGAUCACAGGACCCUCGUGGCCUGCGGACUUUUCCUCCUAAGUGGAUUUUCCUUGGGCGGCGGCUUGAUAGUUCUGGCGGCAGCGUUGUCGGACGCAUCACUAGAAUUACCGGGGAAAUACAGUUUGCCGUCGACGGCCGGCAUGCAAAUGGACGAUAACGGUCUACCUCAGUACCAUUACGGCUGGUGCCUACAGCUCUCGGGAUUAGCACUGAUGCUCGCGGAACUGGCGGCCGUUUUAACGAUGUCCGGUUACAUGGCGCGGUUCUCCACGGUCGAGGAGAUGGUGAGGGUCAUGGUCCCGGGCGCCGAGAGAAAGCUGAGGGAACAGAGGGGAUUCAGCUCGGAGUAUCUCGUGAGGGCGCAUCAGAAGUCGCCGGGACCGUCGCAGGCCCGACCCUUCGGUCAGCCAACCAAAACGCCUCAAAAAAUAGCCGAGGAAGGAACCUCGCUGCUCUGCAAGUCGGCGCCCGAUAUUUGCACGUCAAAUCCACAGGCCAUCAGUUACGUCGAUAAGGCAGACCUGUCGCACGUCUUGCCGGUCUACCCGGACGGCAAAAACAUCGACCCGCGAUACAACAACUUCGACAAGUCGGAGGGCACCGUCAUAGAUUCCCGACUGAGCGGCUUCACCGAUAAGGAAGGCUUCAUCGACUCCCGGAUUCUGUCCGACUCCAGGCAAAACAUGAUCGCCUUUACGGACAACAAGGAGAUACCUCCCGACCAGGAGCAGCGGUACACCGAGUUCCCCGCGAGGAACACCGAUCAGACUAUCGUAGAUUCCAGACUGAGUGGUUUCGUCGACAAGGAAGGUCUCCUCGACUCUAGAUUGAGCGGCUACGUCGACAAGCAGAAUGAAUCCUUGCUGGACACCCCGUUCGGUUAUGACACUAGAUUCAACAGUCUGGCCGGGCAGACCGUCCCGAUUACGUUGAAGAAUCAAAACGCCUCGGUGUCGGCCAUUCAAUCGCAGUAUUUAUAUCAAAACUUUGGAACGAUACACUCGGGCAUUCUGAAAGUCUCGGAACCGGGUACCAGCUCCAGCUCCAAUUCCAGCCAACGUAGCAUGACCCUGCAAAACCCGAAGCGAAAGUCGCAGAUCGCUCAGAACACUUUCAGCACGAUGGAAUGCGAGAAGAGAAAGCGAGCGUCCGGGCUAACUGGCAAGGCGAGCUUUUACACCGGCAGUGCUGUAUGACCACCACCCCCGCCUCCGACCCUGAGGUAACUCCUAGAAGAGGACACCCCACUGUAGCCGAAACUCGACGUAUGUACGACUUUCGACUUAGGGGUUGGAGGAUAUAUCCGAUAUAUAUUCGUCACUUGUCACUGAUCGCGCGCAAAGAGGAGAGAAAAAGGAGAGGGAUUUUUUUACCAGCUACAGAUAACUCUCUGCCACAUUUGCUAACAAUGCGCUUGCCGAUGUACGGUACAUAAACGAAACACGCGUUCUUAUCGACUAUCGGCGUUGCAGGUUCCUACUAUGGAAGAGAUGCCAAAAGAAUGUCAGAAUUAUGGAUCACAGUCUCUGAUUAACGUGAUCCUCCGAUUAAACUCUCACUCUGCGUCUCUUUCCAACUGUCCCCCUAGAAAGAGACGAAGAGUGAGUUUAAUCGGAGGAUCACGUUAAAUCGGAGACUGUGAUAUCAACCCUAUGUCGUGAUAAUGCGUUAAAUUAAAGCGAUAUCGAGAUAAUUGGAUUCGUAGUAGAAUCUUCAAAAGUACAAUUCGUGCAAAAGAAUGAAAUGCAAACGUAAUUUUCCAUAAUCUGUCGAUGACGUUGCGAGAAACGCAACUGAUUAUUUAAAUGACAGAUGAAAAUGAUGAACGAAUCAGAUUACUCUCUCAUCAUUUUAUAUAAUGAACAAGUAAGAUAAUGUCCGUCAUUCGCUGUUAAGACUUUAACUUUAACUCAACAUCGUAAUCGCGUUUCAGCUGCAUAACCAAUCGAACAAAGCUGUAAGGUGUGAAAUAUUAAUGUAGUCAAUAUGUUGUAAUAUAAUUGGUGGUCGAUAUACUAAAGAUAAGUUGGGCGCACAACUUUCGUGUACUUUCAUUUAAUAAUAAGUAACCACGAAAAUGCCGGUUAAUGAAAUCAAGUGUAAUAGCUUAUGAUUAAGGAUUUCCCUGAUUUUUCUUUCAGCAACGUACACGCUCUAAUUGUAUCACUAAUCGAGGACAUAUCAGAAAUAAAAGCGUUUCCGUUGAU